CUAACCGCCUCUCCUCCUCUCCUCUCCUCUCAUCCAUCCAUCCGAGAGCUGUUCUUACCCCUCCGUCAGCUGCUCUGCUCAUUUAUCCUUUCGCACAGUCUCCAUCCUCCUUUGACGGAGAAAAGCAGCAGAAGGGCGGCGGAAAUCGCUGGCGCGAGACCUAAAUGGUCAGCGUUUGGACGGAAAUCCGAGCGUCAAACCUGGAGAGACAGGAGCGCAAGUGAUUGCCAUGUCAGAGAGAGGUUCAGCUUUAAAGAAUACAGCAGACGAAGACAGAAGGGGUCAUAUGGAUCACGAUUCAAAGAUGUCAGAUGAGCACCGAGACACAGAUGAUUCGUCUGAGAAAACGCCAAGUAGGAUGUCCAGAUCCCCACAGAAAUCCUCCAAAAGACCAAAGACAGUGCCUGUGAAAGUCAUAUUGCUGGAUGGAUCUGCCUAUGAGACCGGAGUGGAGAAGCUCUGCAAAGGGCAAGUGUUACUGGAUAUGGUGUGUGAACAUCUCAAUCUCUUGGAGAAGGACUACUUUGGCCUAAACUUCAGUGACACAGAGAGCCAAAAGAAUUGGCUGGAUCCUUCAAAAGAGAUCAAGAAACAAAUCCGUGUGGGUCCCUGGCAUUUCUCCUUUGCGGUCAAGUUCUAUCCUCCUGAUCCCUCUCAGCUGAUUGAAGACAUCACACGGUAUUACCUGUGUCUACAGCUGAGGGAGGACAUACUGUCAGGUUGUUUGCCCUGCUCGUUUGUCACUCAUGCUCUGCUAGGCUCCUACGCUGUUCAGGCUGAGCUUGGAGACUAUGACCCAGAGGAACAUGGGCCAGAUUACAUCAAUGAGUUCCGCUUUGCCCCCAAUCAGACCCGGGAGCUGGAGGAGAGGGUGGUGGAGCUUCACCGCACCUAUAGGGGCAUGAGUCCUGCAGAAGCUGAGAUCAACUUCCUGGAGAAUGCCAAGAAGCUCUCCAUGUAUGGCGUUGAUCUCCAUCAUGCUAAGGACUCUGAAGGCAUUGACAUCAUGCUGGGCGUGUGUGCCAGUGGCCUUUUGAUCUACAGAGAUCGGCUGCGUAUCAACCGUUUUGCCUGGCCUAAGAUCCUUAAAAUCUCCUACAAGAGAAGCAACUUCUAUAUCAAGAUCCGCCCUGGAGAGGUAGAGAAAAAGUAUGAGCAGUUUGAGAGCACCAUUGGCUUCAAGCUGCCCAACCACCGUGCCUCUAAGCGCUUGUGGAAGGUCUGCAUUGAACACCACACCUUUUUCAGGUUGGUCUCUCCUGAGCCUCCACCCAAAGGGUUUCUAGUGAUUGGCUCAAAGUUUCGCUACAGUGGGCGGACCCAAGCCCAGACUCGUCAAGCCAGUGCUUUGAUUGACAGGCCAGCUCCUCAAUUUGAACGAUCGGUCAGUAGGAGGUACCUGCUGUCCCGCAGCAUAGAUGGAGAGUCUGCUUUAGGAGACACUAUGGACCACCUCUCCCAGCACACCUCUUGUGAGCCUGUACACAGUCUUUCCAGAGAUGAGCUGGACCAGGACUACCUGGAGCACAGUCUGGAUCAGGACCUGGACCAAGAUCAGGUUUACGAACAAGCUGAAUAUGAGCGUCCAGAGAGUGCCUUCACUCCUAAGACUGUGGAGCUCAAGAGGGAGGAGGCUGGCUCUCCUGUAGACUCAAAGACAGAGUUGGACCAGGACUUGGCCCCGCGUCCUAAUAAGGAGCAGUUCCUGGAUAAACCAGAGGAUGUGUUGCAGAAACAUCAAGCCAGUAUCAACGAGCUGAAAAGAGCGCUCAGAGAGCCCAACAGCAAACUGGUCCACAGAGAGAAACGUCUCUCUGGAGCUUCACCAGGAAGCACUCCAGAGAAAAAUUCUGAGCCCCUUCUCACCCCAGCAAUUCAUGCGGAGCCUCAGGAGGAAGCCCAGAGAGAGCCCUGGGAGAGACGUUUGGGAUCGGUGUCAGAAGACGACCCUGAUCCGGAGACUCUGUACCUGAAGGAGACCCACCUGGGCAUUGAGCGUAAAUGCUCGAGUAUCACUGUUAGCUCAACGUCCAGCCUGGAGGCUGAGGUGGAUUUCACUGUCCUAAUGGACUUCCAAACUGGCAUCGAGGAAUUUUCCAGAGGCAUGACUGAGCUAGGAGAGAAAGACUUCUCACCUGAGUUUGGCUUCUCUGACCAGUCCACCCAUCCAGCAUUUAUACUGGGAGCAGAUCCUAUCUUCCUACCUGAAGAGAGACCUGUGGAAGUACAGAGGCCCGUGCAGAAACCAAAGCCUGUUGUAGAACAGAAGACCUCGGAGGAACGUAAACCAGAGCCUUAUGUACCCAAGAAAGCUCCACGGUCAGUGAAAGCUGCCAAAGCCCUGAGGAAAGACUCGACAGAACAAGCUAAUGCCCAGUCAAUGAGACGUGAGAGCUCAGAAUCACCUCCGAUUCAUUCUCUCAGCAGAGAGAGCAGUGAAAUCAUUGCCACCCAGGCUCUGAGGAAAACCGAGGUCAAGAUUGAAACACAGCCCAAUGGCUCUGAGGUUACCACGACCAUUAUGGAGAUUGCAGAACCGGAUCAUGGUAUGAGCAGCAUGCGAGAGGCUGUGUACUCCAUGACAGAGAGAGUCUCUCCUGUGAAUCUCGGAACAUUAACAAGAGAGGGUUCUGGUUCUCCUUUAAUUGUGACAGAGAAUGUAACAUCAGCCACUACAACUCAUGUUACUAAGACGGUAAAAGGAGGGUACUCAGAGACAAGAAUUGAAAAGAGGAUUAUCAUUACUGGUGAUGAUGAUGUCGAUCAAGAUCAGGCGCUUGCCAUGGCAAUAAAAGAAGCCAAGCAACAGCACCCUGACAUGUUGGUAACCAAGGCUGUAGUUGUCAGGGAAACAGAAUCUUCCACUCAAGACUCACAUGAGGAAUUGAAGUCCUGAUCUUCAAUAGGAAGCCACUGUUCCCUUAAUGACUGCCAGUGGGUCACCAACAUCUACAGACCUCUUACACCAAGCUACAAGACCCAGGACACCAACUCUUCCAAUUAUACACAUACACACUUAUAUACACUUGCACAUUAAUCAUAAACACAAAACAAGCUGCCUCCCAGAUGUCAGAACGUAUUCCUUCAUAUAUAAUUUCUAUUUUGUGUCUGCAUUUGCUGUGGUAAAAUGGACAUGCUGGUUCAGGAGGCACACUGUCCCCUCGGCUGAGGACUGCUUGGGAUAGGACAGCCUUUGCAUCGCAUCGAUCAGAAAAACUGUUGUAGUCGCCAUCAUAGUCUCUUGCUUUUUCUUCACGAAUGUGAAAACUAACCAAGCGUACUCUCAACAGCCCAAUGCUGAAAUCAAGCAUGAGGCACGGGGCUCUUUGAUUAACAUUGCUGAAGUUUUAGCUAAGUGGAGUGACAAUGUCUAUCAAGUAGUUUUUCUAGGGCUCAUGAGAUGUUACUCAGAAGAUCUUUUUGCAAACACUGAUCUGUAGAGAAAAGCCUAGCUAGUGUAUUGUACAUAUGGUAUGUUCAUGCUUCUUUGAUCAUCAAAUGUUAUGUUGCUGUUAGAUUCUGAACCUCAUCAGCAUGUGGCAAAGCAGGGUUAAAACAUUUUCAUAGACAACAACAAAACCAAACUAAGCACAGUGGGUCAGUGGUUCUUACAAAGCAAAGAGUAAAAACAAGUAAAAUGGCCAAACAUUUUGACAGUCCUCUAAAGUAUUUACUUCCAUAUUGAACAUAAUAUGGGCAUAUUGAACUUGUACAAUUUACUUUGGAAGUUCCCCUAAAUAAAUUAACGCUGUAUCAGUUUCAUAGGUGCAAAAUAAUGUUGUUUUUUUGGUGAUUUCAGGGUGCAUACAUAUGCUACUAGUUAAUCAUACACUGCAAUUUUCAAUGCAAACUUUCCAGUGGUAUCACCGGUAAUCUAACUUAGAUUUUAGAUACAAAACAUUCCUAUAUUUGACAAUUUUGAAAUGCACGAUACAAUAUAUUAACAAGUUUGCUUGUUGAAUGCUCUUUCUACACCUUCUUUUAAUUGAUAUUUUAAAAUAUUUAAAGCCCAGACGCCAAACCAAAUUUGAGUUGUAUACAUGCUGAUCACUGAUGCAUAAUUAACCAAUGUGUUUAUAUGCACGUGAAUCCACCUAAUUACACAACUGAGGAUUGCAGAAAAAAAUACAUAUUUGCAAUUACUUUUAAACAAAGUUGAUACUUUACAAAUUCCCUAGAACUUCUUAACUUAAUGAGACUUAAUGUGAUUUUCUUUUAAUUUUUAUAAUCUGUUCCCUCCCACACAAUGCUGUGCCAAUGAAGUACUGAUUUUAAAGUAAUGAUUGACUGUGUAAAAGGGUUUGAUUUCUUAGAUAUGAAGAUACAUUUCAAUUCUGUGAUAAAUGUCAUGAGUCUGUGGCUUGGUUUUCAGUGAAGCUACCCGUGAGCUGUGAUUCUCUUUCCAAACCUUCCUCUGUGAAAGCAGUAGACAUCCUGAAUGAGACAGGACGUGUAUGUGUUUAAGUGAUGUUUGAAUGAAUGAGCUUUGAUUUGUGUGUAUUGCCAAAUGAAAAACUAAGACUUAGCAGACAUUUUAUUAGGAUGAAAGAAUGCCAGGUAAGCUCUUAAUAACUUUGCUAACAUGGUGAAGGCUUGUUGUUUAUCCAAUAGAUAUGUUCAGGAGUGUGCACUAUGCCAAUAUUGUGACACGUUACAUAACUUUGCAGAUAUCAAAAGGGAGACUUACCAUACUUCAAUACACGAACAGUCGCUGAUUUUUGAAGACUUGGAUGCUGUUCUUCAAUCUAAAGAAAAGAAUUGCCAUGCAAAGGUUGAUAGUUGGAUUUUAAAUCAACCACAGCAUUCUUUCGCCAGUCCCUUUGCAAAGCUUAUGUCAGAGUUUCGUCUCAUUUCAAGACAAUGUCCUUGCUUAUGCUGUACAUGUUGCAUUGCAGACUUGAACUCUGAAAAAACUUUUAAUAAAAUAGUAUAGUAUAAUAGUAAUAAUCUUAGAGAACUUUGUCAUCUGCAUUGAUUUUCCUGAGAUUAUACUUGUCAGCCACUUCUGUUUACACAGCUAUCCUCUGUCAUUUCUACUGCUUGGUUUUUCUGUGUUUGCUGUACAGUGUUCGAAAUAAAUAAGAUCCAUCCA